GUGAGCUUGAGGUCUUUUGAAUACCAAGACUUUGAGCUGACUUCAAGGGGUAAAAGCUGGAGUAGGGGCUCCUUUGCUCAGCUUUUUCAGGUAGAAACAGGCUGUGGAGGUAGCACUGUUUUAUGCAGCAUAUUUUCAUGCCUGAGGCUCUAGUCCUGGUACCACCAUAAGCCAGAGCUGAGCAGUGCUCUGGUCAGGGUCAGAAGAAUGAAUAGGAACUGGGAGGGAGAGGGAAAAACAGCUCAGCACUAAGCUUCCCCAGUGAGUGCCUUGGGAGCCGGCUUGAACCUACGUCCUCACUGGCAUGGCAAAGAAAGAGGGCUUCCAGUGGAUUCAGAAUGGCCACUCUGAUCUAUGUCGAUAAGGAAAACGGAGAACUAGACACCCCUUUGGCUCCCAAGGAUGGACUGAAGCUGGAGUCUGGCCCUUCAGCCAAAGCCUUAGAUGGGAGAUCUCAGCUUUCAAUACCGCAUGUUGGCAAGCUGUUUGAUGCUACGCCAGCCUUACCCAAAGCUGCAAGAAAGGCUUUGGGAACUGUGAACAGAACCACAGGAAAGUCUGUACAGACUAAUAGACCCCUUAAACAGAAACAGAAAAUUUUCUCUACCCAAGAGUUAACGGAGAAGACUGUUAAAGAAAAGAGCACUGCCCCUGUCUCGGAUGACACCUAUCCAGAAAUAGAAAAGUUCUUUCCCUUUAAUCCUCUAGAUUUUGAGAGCUUCGACCUGCUUGAAGAACAUCAGAUUUCACAGCUGCCCUUGAGUGGCGUGCCCCUCAUGAUUCUUGAGGAGGAGAGGGAACUUGACAAGCUGCUGAACCUGGGUCCCCCUUCCCCUGUGAAGAUGCCCACCCCACUGUGGGAAUCUGAUACGUUCCAGUCUCCUUCAAGCAUUCUGUCAGCCCUGGAUGUUGAAUUGCCACCUGUUUCCUAUGACUGACCUAUUUAAACUUAAUACUUUGUGGUUUGUGUGUGUCUAACUAACUUUGUGUUAAUAAAGCAGUUCUUUAACAGACGA